CACGGGUCUCAAUCUGAAUUUCUUUCAAAACCAAUUUAACCCGAAAACAAUUCGGUUUAUCUCAGGUCGGUUUACAGAAACACCAACCCGGAAUAAAAUAGUUUCGGCUCAAAACCAAUUCAAUCCGACCCGUGAGAAGCCCUCCUUUAGUUCACUGAUUAAAUUUCUCUCUUUCAAAUCCUCCCCAACACAUCAUGAAAAGGGAUAAAGGCAAAAGGAAAUCGGAAUCGGAGUCGAAAUCCGAAUCCGAAUCUUACUCUGACGACCUCAGUAGUCGCCACCGACGCCGACGAGAGCGUGAACGGAGCCGAAGCAGUAGUAAAGGUAGCCGGCGCGUCAUUACUCAGGAGGAAAUUGAUGAAUACUUAGCUAAGAAAGCACAAAAAAAGGCACUCAAAGUUGCUAAGAAAUUGAAGUCACAAUCGUCUACUACUGUGUACUCUAAUGAUUCGAACCCUUUUGGAGAUUCAAAUCUUAAUGAAAAAUUUGUUUGGCGAAAAAAAAUUGAACGUGAUGUGUCACAAGGCGUGCCGUUGGAGAGCUUUUCAAUUAAAGCUGAGAAGCAGAGGCAGAAAGAAAGAAUGGCGGAAAUUGAAAAGGUGAAAAAGAGAAGAGAGGAGAGAGCGCUUGAAAAGGCAAGGCACGAGGAAGAAAUGGCAUUGCUUGCAAGAGAACGUGCAAGAGCGGAGUUCCAGGAUUGGGAGAAAAAAGAAGAGGAGUUCCACUUUGACCAGAGCAAAAUUAGAUCGCAUAUCAGACUGCACGAAGGCCGAACUAAACCCAUAGAUAUCCUGUCAAAGCACCUGAAUGCAUCAGAUGACAUGGACAUUGAAAUAGAGGAGCCGUUUAUAAUUUUCAAGGGGUUGACUGUAAAGGAGAUUGAAGAUCUUCGUGAUGACAUUAAAAUGCAUCUGGAUAUGGAUAGGCAAACUCAGACACAUGUUGAUUAUUGGGAGGCACUUUUAGUGGUUUGUAAUUGGGAGCUAGCUGAAGCUCAAAAGAAGGAUGCACUUGAUCGGGCUAGGGUUCGAGGGGAGGAACCUCCAGCAGAGUUGCUUGCGGAAGAAAGGGGUCUGCAUUCUAGUAUUGAAACAGAUGUUAGAAAUCUCUUGGAAAAUAAGACUUUCACUGAACUUGAGGAAUUGCAGUCCCAUAUUGAAUCACAAAUGAGUUCCGGCACUGCCAAGGUAGUUGAGUACUGGGAAGCCGUUCUCAAACGACUUCAGAUCUACAAAGCAAAAGCUCGUUUGAAGGAAAUUCACACUAAGAUAUUACAGAAGCAUUUGCAACGACUUGAGCCAUCUUUGGACAGUGAAGAUAAUUUGGAACAUGAUCAUAAUUUAAUGCAAAGUGAGGAGGAUAGGGAGCAUGAUAAGAAGGAUGCUGAAACAUUCUCUCCAAAGCCUGUGAUGAAGGACGAGACUUAUGAGGCAGAAGAAGCAGGGUCCUUCUCACCUGAACUGCUACAUGGUGAUGAUAAUGAAGAUGCAAUUGAUCCUGAAGAAGAUAGGGCCAUACUAGAAAGAAAACGUGUUGCUGUUAAGGCUGUUAUAGAGGAACGGCAAAGACAAAUGCAAGAAGCUAUGGCAUCAAAGCCACCUCCAUCAGAAGAUAAUUUUGAGAUGAAAGCCAUGAAAGCUAUGGGGGUUAUGGAGGAAGGUGAUGCGUUAUUUGGCUCUGGGGCUGAAGUAAAUCUUGAUUCACAGGUCUAUUGGUGGCAUGAUAAGUACCGACCAAGAAAGCCCAAGUAUUUUAAUCGGGUUCACACGGGAUAUGAGUGGAACAAAUACAAUCAAACUCACUACGAUCAUGACAAUCCACCCCCAAAGAUUGUGCAAGGAUAUAAAUUCAAUAUCUUCUACCCAGACCUUGUUGACAAGACGAAGGCUCCAACUUAUACCAUUGAGAAAGAUGGGAACAGUGAUGAGACGUGCAUUAUACGGUUCCAUGCUGGGCCACCUUACGAAGAUAUUGCAUUCCGGAUUGUCAACAAAGAAUGGGAAUACUCUCAUAAGAAGGGAUUCAAGUGCACAUUUGAACGUGGAAUUUUGCAUGUUUACUUCAACUUUAAGCGCUACCGUUACCGCAGAUGAUCCUUCAGUAACAUUGCAAUUUUUUCCUGAGACUGUAAAUUACAUCAUGAUGUUGUACGAAAGAAUUCUAUCAUUGGCUGACCUUGUUUUAGAAUGUAUUUCUAUGUGCAGAGAUUAAUGUAGCACAGUUUUAAAUACAAGAUUAAGAUUUGUUAAAAUGGCGAAAAUACUUUACAUUAGCAAACUAUUUAUCACAAUGAUUGGUAGAAUGUGGCCAUUUUAACUUUUUA